CCUCCAUGGAGCCCUCUGCCGAGAACCCAAGGAGGAGCAGCAGCGACUCUUCCUCCUCCUCGGAGUUCGAGUUCUGGAUGGUUGGCAAAGAACCCUCCUUCCCCCAGCCUCACCUCCUCACCGCCGACGAGCUCUUCGUCGACGGCGUUCUCCUCCCUCUCCACCUCCUCCCUCUCUCCCACUCCAAUCCCAACACCACCACUGAAAUCCCAUCCUCAACCGAGCCCGCGCCCGAGCACGAGACCGAGAUGCCACCCCUUCCCCCAGAAUUCUCUACUCCUUCCAUUCCCCCCACCUCGUCCUCCAAGAGAUGGAAAGAUAUCUUUAAGGCGGGGGAGAGGAAGUUGGUGGAGAGGGUGAGAAGGAAGGAGAGAAUAGAAGCUGCCGGUAACGCCGCCGAGCUCAACAUCAACAUCUGGCCUUUCUCCAGGAGCCGCUCCGCCGGGAAUGCCGGCGCUGGCACCUGGAAUAGAGCCAAGGUUAUGGUGGCCCGGCGCAAGGCUAGUAGCGCCCCUUGCUCACGGAGCAACUCCCGCGGAGAGUCCUCGAAGCCAGCCGCCGCCGCCGCCACCACCACCACCACCUCCACCUCAAGGAGGAGGUGGGCUCCCAACCCAGGUCGGGUUGGACUCAACGCUGGCAUCCACCUGGGCCGGACCAGCCCGGUCUGGCAGCUGAGGAGGAACAGCAAGCCCUCUGAGCUUAAGGAGAAGGCCAGCGACGCCGGUGCCAAGAAAGGAGGUGGCAGUGCUGGGGUUCGAAUGCUGAAUCUGAACAUGAACACGUGCAUCGGGUAUCGGAAUCAGGUGAGUUUCAAGGGGGAGGAUAAGAAUGGGGUGGCCGGCGGUGAGCAGAGCAGUGGCGGCGUUGGUGUUGGAAGCAAUAGCGCCAGUCUGUUUAAUCUCAGAACUAUCUUCUCUAAGAAGGUGGUUUGAUGUAAAUAUUGUUGUAUAUUAUGUGUGGGUAUUGUAAAAUCUUAUGCCCUUUGUAUGUAAUCUCUCUGAAACUUCUCUUCCUCUUUGAUUCCAGAAUUAAAUUUUAGUGUUUUAGAGC